GUUCCAUACAUCUUAUCUAUCUAUAUGUAACAUGUAAUUGUCUUUAAACAUCUUGAAACCUGAGACUAUGAUACCGUCUCUUGUUCUUGUUUUUCUAGUCGUCUUUCCAUCGGCUCUUCCGGAGACCGAGAGUUGUCACGUGGGCUGGAUACAGUUUCAGGAAAAAUGUUAUUUUUUCAGCCACACAACAGCCACUUGGUUCGAUGCAGGAAGCGCGUGUUCACAGUUCCACUCAAAGCUGGCUGAACCACGAUCUGACGCUGAAAUAUCUUUCUUAAGAAGCCAUAGCCAGUCCCAAAAUAAGAAUAUGUGGAUCGGGGUGUCGGACAUUAUAGAAGAGGAUCGCUGGGUGUAUUCCUCCACACAAGAGGUAGUUCCACACAAUGAUUUCAAUCCUGGGGAGCCAGGCGGUCACCUAAGUCAGAACUGUGUCGCCCUUUGGAAGGAUCACCACGGAAAAUGGGCGGAUCAUGGUUGUUCUGAAAAGGAAUAUUACAUCUGUGAAGAAGUUAUGACGUCUGAUCCAGUCAAUGUCAUUGGUUGAAAAUCAAAAUGCAGAAUAUUACCAACGUACCGGAAGAAAUCGAUUGCGGCCAAGUAUAUCAGUAUAAUUAGAAUGUAAAUCGAUGAACACAAUUAUGGUAUUUGUGUAAUUCACUGUUAUUGGAUUGGAAUAUGAAUAAAGUUCGGUAUAAUAAG